AACAAAUAUAAAAAGGAUUUUGUUCGCGAUCAUCAAAACCCCCUUGAGAGAGAUCCCCAUUUCAUACACACAAUCAUUACUUCAUUAGUUUUAUUUGGACCGUCCUUUGUGUGUACAUCUUAAGUAGUGUUCUCGUAUUACACACACACACCAUCUUAGAGAGUUGUGAUUCAUCAUCAGUCAUGGCGAGGAAGAUGCUUUCUGAUGGAGAGCUUAACAACGCCGCAGCGGCGGAAGAAGCCACCGAGACUCACUAUGAUUUUGAUUUGUUUGUCAUCGGUGCCGGGAGCGGCGGUGUUCGUGCGGCUAGGUUUUCUGCUAACAAUGGUGCCAAGGUUGGUAUUUGUGAGCUUCCCUUUCACCCUAUUAGCUCCGAGGAGAUUGGAGGUGUUGGGGGCACGUGUGUUAUUCGUGGUUGUGUUCCCAAAAAGAUUCUCGUCUAUGGUGCGACUUAUGGUGGUGAACUUGAGGAUGCUAGAAACUAUGGGUGGGAAAUCAAUGGGAAUGUCGACUUCAAUUGGAAGAAGCUUCUUCAAAAGAAGACUGAUGAGAUAUUAAGACUGAACAAUAUUUACAAGCGGUUGUUGGCGAAUGCUGCUGUGAAGUUGUAUGAAGGUGAAGGAAGAAUAGUUGGUCCCAACGAAGUGGAGGUCAGACAAAUCGAUGGCACCAAAAUUAGUUACACCGCCAAGCACAUUUUGAUUGCCACUGGCAGUCGGGCACAGAAGCCCAACAUCCCUGGACAUGAGCUGGCUAUUACAUCUGACGAAGCUUUAAGUUUGGAAGAUUUUCCUAAGCGUGCUAUAGUGCUUGGAGGAGGGUACAUUGCUGUGGAGUUUGCAUCAAUUUGGCGUGGAAUGGGUGCUACUGUAGACUUAUUCUUCAGAAAGGAACUUCCACUAAGGGGCUUUGAUGACGAGAUGAGGGCACUUGUGGCUAGGAAUCUUGAAGGAAGGGGUAUCAAUCUGCACCCACAAACAAGUUUGGCUGAGUUGAUAAAAACAGACGACGGGAUAAAAGUAAUCUCCUCUCAUGGGGAAGAAUUCGUGGCAGAUGUUGUACUAUUUGCUACUGGAAGGAUUCCUAAUACCAAGAGAUUGAAUUUAGAAGCUGUUGGUGUUGAACUUGAUCAGGCUGGAGCUGUAAAGGUUGAUGAGUACUCACGCACUAACAUACCUAGCAUAUGGGCUGUGGGAGAUGCUACAAACCGAAUUAACCUUACACCUGUUGCGUUAAUGGAGGCCACCUGCUUUGCGAACACUGUCUUUGGUGGGAAGCCUACUAAAGCAGACUACACCAAUGUAGCUUGUGCUGUAUUUUGCAUACCACCACUAGCUGUGGUGGGUCUCAGCGAAGAAGAGGCAGUAGAAAAAGCGGCCGGGGAUAUUUUGGUUUUCACCUCUGGCUUCAACCCUAUGAAGAACACCAUUUCUGGACGGCAGGAAAAGACAUUAAUGAAGCUUAUAGUUGAUGAGAAGACUGAUAAGGUUAUUGGAGCAUCCAUGUGCGGUCCAGAUGCAGCUGAGAUCAUGCAGGGGAUUGCAAUUGCGCUCAAGUGUGGAGCAACCAAAGCACAGUUUGACAGCACGGUUGGGAUACAUCCAUCUUCUGCAGAGGAAUUCGUGACAAUGCGCACUGUGACCAGACGCAUUGCCUACAAAGCCAAACCUCAAACGAGUCUAUGAACCGCCAAAAUUAAAUAGACUAUUUGCAUUGAACACUUUAGUUUGGUCGGAGGGUCAGACCGAAACAUUUGUUUCGUCAUACUCAUGUUCAAAUAAAUGUUUUGUAUAAGUUUUUGUUUGUUUGUUUAUCACCAAACAUGCAUUAUCUUUGGAUAAAAUUCUCUACCUUUUGGUCAUAUAGUGUACUUCAAUUUGUUUGGCAAGUUUUGUUUCAGUGGUGUAUUUAAUUGGACAAGGUUAUUUAGAUUAA